AUGGCUGGAGCCCCUUCGUCACCUCCCGCUUCCCCGAGGUCUCCUACGAGCCUUGCCAGUCGAGGCUUCGGGGUUGUGCUUGUCGCCUGCGUAUUAGCUUAUUUCUCCAGCCUCAGUAUGUUUUCAUACCUCUGCCAGUGGUCUUUUGGUCCCGCCUAUAGCCUUCCUCUUUGCAAGAUUCCCGUCCCAUUCAUAACUGCCAUGUGCCCCUCAGUCCAAGAAGCCACGUUUGUCUGCGAGCCGGGAGCUUAUCGUACGCAAAUCGUUUCCCUCGACCCGCUACUGGUCUACAUCCAUUCCUUCCUGCGGCCUGCCGAGAUUGAAUCACUCCUUGACACCGCUGAGCCCCUCUUCAACCCCUCUACGGUAACCAAGAACGGCCGCAGGGUGGGCUCUGACGAACGAACUUCGAGCACGGCAGGCCUACCCCUGGGGGACCCUGCCGUGCAGUGUGUUCUCAGCCGAGCCUCUCGGUUCAUGGGGGAACUGAUGCGAGAAGGCGUGGACGAGAUGGGGCCCCCACAACUCGUGCGCUAUACCGCUGGGCAAAAGUUCAACAUCCACCAUGACUGGUACGACACGCCGCAGUGGGCAUACGACGGGUCAAACAGAAAGUUCAACAGGGUCGCCAGCUUCUUCGCCAUCCUGCAGGACAACUGCACUGACGGGGAGACAUAUUUCCCACAAGUCGGGCCACCCGCCGACAUGGACGGCGCGGCGGGCGACGGCAGUCGGCCACCUCACGGGCCGAGGCGAUGGGAUCGGGAUGACCCGAUCUGGAGGGAGCACGAGAGCGGCGGGCUGGCUUUUAGGCCGAUUAGGGGCAACGCGCUCUUCUGGGUGAACCUACACGCUGACGGGAGGGGCCACGAGAAGACGGUGCAUGCUGGUCUUCCUGUCGGGGACGGUGUCAAGACUGCCAUGAAUAUCUGGCCGCGUCAGUUCUAUGCGGUCGAAUAA